GUGCUCAGUAGUGAAAUUGCCACUCGGAACUUGGGAAGCGUUGCAAGAGAGAGGAAGAUGGAGAACAGUGCAGGGAGGCGACUGAACACUCUUAUUCGACAUCUCUUAUUGCAAGAUAAAGGUUCUGUUCAGGUUCUUCAUCCGAAUGGAUUGAGUGGGGAGCGAUUGAAGCAUGCGAAGUCAGAUCCAGUAAUCAUAGGAGGGAUGGUUUUAGACAUCCAUGCUUAUCCUUCUAUCCCUGCCAUUCCCAGAACCACCACUCCCGGCAAGGUUCACUAUGUAGUUGGUGGAGUUGCAAGAAAUGUUGCUGAGUGCAUGUCAAAACUCGGCACUAAGCCUUUCAUGAUUAGUGCCAUUGGACCAGAUAUGGCAGGAAAUUUGUUAUUGGAGCACUGGGAAUCUGUUGGACUUUGUACAGAAGGCAUUCUAAAGGGUCAAGGUAUUGAGACCCCUGUUGUGUGCAAUGUAUUUGAUGUCAAUGGAGAGUUGGCAGCUGCAGUUGCGAGUGUUGAAGCAAUUGAGAAAUUUCUUGCUAAAGAAUGGAUUCAUCAGUUCACUAGCAAUAUUCGUUCUGCUCCCAUAUUGAUGGUUGAUGCAAACUUGAGUCUGCGGUCACUUGAAGCUUCCUGUCAAAUAGCUGCUCAAUCUGGCACUCCUGUGUGGUUUGAGCCUGUAUCAGUUGCAAAAUCCAAAAGAGUUGCCUCUAUCAUUGAGUAUGUAACUUUCACUUCACCUAAUGAAGAUGAACUUAUUGCAAUGGCAAAUGCUGUGUCCAGUGAGGAUUUGUUUUCUCCAAUUCAAAGGGUGGAUAAUGAUGGAAGUACACAGUCUAUAGAAUCUUUUUUCUUAUUACUUAAGCCAGCAAUAUGGGUCUUACUUGAAAAAGGUGUUAAAUUAGUUGUAGUGACUCUUGGAUCAGAUGGAGUGUUCUUAUGUUCUAAAGGUGGAGCAGAGUUUACGACUGUUGAUUUGAAGAACACUGAACCAAGUCACUUUGGGAAACAGCUGAGUGAAAUGGUGACCUUGAAUUGUCGAAAUCAGUUUGUUAACACUGAGAAGUUCAACAAGAGUAGCUCUCAUCUUUCUGUUGUGCAUUUUCCUGCACUUCCUGCAUCAGUUAUGAGGCUUACAGGGGCUGGUGAUUGCUUGGUUGGUGGAACUCUAGCAUCUCUUUCUGCUGGUUUAAACAUGAUGCAAAGUAUGGCAGUUGGUAUAGCAACUGCAAAAGCAGCUGUGGAGACUAGGAAGAAUGUACCUUCUGAGUUUUGUCUAGCUACAAUCGCAGAUGAUGCGAGGAGAGUAUAUUCUUCGGCAAGGGUUGUGUUUGAUCAAUCAGUUGUGUAAAUUAUCAGUCUUUGUGGUCCUUGAGAAUGGAGAAAUGGAUGCUAAAUUCAUCUCAGGAGAACCUUUCGCUGAGUCUGCCUGGAGAGCUCUGUGGUGAGAGGCAUAUAAUGGUGGAUCACAAUCCCUUGUCUCAUUGUAUGUGAACUAUGUCUUCCAUCUAUAAAUAUAAUCAAAUUUUAAUAUUUAUGAUAA